AUGCCAAGUACGACAAAUUUGUCUUCUGCAAAUUUAAAAAUGACCAAUAAAUCCCUUCAAAUCCAAGUUGAAAUGCUUGAUUUAACACGUCAGCACUUCCAAAUGUCUCUACGUUCCUCUGGCCAAGAUCUUUACACCGCCCUAAUGGAUCGAUUAGGCGUUCUUGAAACGGAUUACUUCGAUCUAGAAUAUGUUAAUAGAGACGGCAAUACCUGCUGGCUAGAUCAUCUCAAACCUCUGUGCAAACAGCACAAUGCGGAGAAGGAAUUCAUUUUCACCUUCUGCGUAAAGUUCUACGCCCCGCAUCCAAACCUACUUGAAGAUGAAUUUACCAGGUUUCUUAGUUUCUUCUUUUUUGUUACCACCUACAGGUAUCUGUUUGCCCUCCAAAUCAAGCGGGAUCUCUACCGUGGUCAAAUCCAGUGCAGCGAAAAUACGGCCGCCCUCCUGGCCGCUUUCAUUGUUCAGGCUGAAAUUGGCGAUUAUUUGGAGGAUGCAUUUCUGGAUCAUUCCUACCUUGCGGGUCUACGAUUGGUUCCUUCAGCAACUCCGGAAUUUCUUGACAAGGUUAUGGAAUGUCAUCGAAGCCUAAUCGGUCAAACGCCAACAGAAGCUGAUUUAAGUCUUUUGGACACAGCUAGGAAGGUUGAAAUGUAUGGAAUCCGAUUAAAACCGGUCAAGGGGUCGGAUGGAAUGCCACUGAACCUGGCCGUGUCACAUGCCGGUCUUUUCGUCUUUCAAGGCGUCUCUAAGGUAAACACCUUCUCCUGGGCUCGUAUUCGCAAGUUAAGCUUCAAACGCAAGAAAUUCCUUAUUAAACUUCACCCUGAGGGUUACGACGCUGUAGAGUUCUUUUUUGAGUCGCGAAAUGAGUGCAAAGGCUUCUGGAAGCAAUGCAUCGAACACCACGCAUUUUUCCGUUGUCAGUCGGUAAAGGUUGUGGGAAAAUCGGGGAAGGCCUCCAAGAACGCCGCACAAGUCGCCUCUGCCUCUUCAACCGGUCGUGUCAACCGAUCUCCAGGUCGUGGAUGUGGCGGUGUCAGCAAUACCUCGCAACCGAUCCUCACUUCUGCUGUAUCCAUCGGCUCUGAUGCAAACCACCUUCAUCAUCACCACCAUGUCAUCCAACAACAGCAACAACAGGCAACAUCAACAGCACAACAGCCAUCUCAGGUGACAGCACGUAGUCUUCCUCUUGCCGGUACUGUAGACGACGCUGCAGUACCCUCCUUUGUCCAGCUACCAACAGGCGGCUCUCUGAGGUAUCCUCAGAGGGUGAUGCUGGUCGUACCGAGACGGGCUGAUGGGACAAUUGGAAGGACUACUGUGACGACGACACAGGCUGUUGCAGCGACAGGUGGAGGGGGAUUUCUGGUGAUGUUGCCGACAACUAGUGCGGAUCAACAACAGCAGAAUGCAUGGCUUUCAGCCAUCCAACACCAGCAUCAACAACAACAGAGAGCAUUUUCUCCAGUGAAUGGAAAAGAACCGACCUAUUCAACGUUGCAAACCUCCCUUGUCAUGACUACACAGGCUCCACGUAAUGGAAGCCUUCAGGACGGUGGAAAUGUCUGCCCACAGACGUUGAGUCAUCUACCAACUGCACGGGUGCUUUCACCGAAUUUUCUUACCACUUCGCAAACUGGACUUUCCACAGCGUGUACGGUGAUUCCAUCAGCUCAAAGACCUGCGUCUGGAAGGGUUGUUUACGUUGAUAGUGCUACUGGGAGGCUCAUCUCCGAUACCCAGCUGGUUGCAGUCCCACGGCCCUUAAACGUGGUGGGCAGUGGAUUCAGCUCGGCUCCAGCUUCGCAAGCUCCCACUGUUGCCACUUCACCCAUUGGGGGCCCUUACAGUGGUUCUACGGCGGCAGCAGUAGCGGCAACAAUGAUUGGAGGACCUACUGGAGUCGUUCCACAAGACAUUAGCAACACAGCUCCCAUUCCCGGUGGUUCCAGCACUGCCAGCAGUCUUCCACAACUUCUUCGGUCUCGUCCACACGGUCCUCCUCCACCAGCUCCUGAGAGGAGAGAUAGUGUGCAUCCACGUGACCGGCAGCUCUCUUCCAGCACUUUGGAUUCUGGCAUCACCUCAAAAUCGGCUUCUCUUUCAAGACCCCCAUUUGAUGCCUCGGCAGGGGGUGUGGAGGAGGAUGAGGAGUUGCCCCCACCACCGCCUCCUCCACCAAUGGAAAUGCAGGAUCCCGAUCCUGCUCAUCCCUACCCCUUUAAUGUCAUACCGGUAGAGGGAGAUUUUUCAACACGAAGACCAAUGCAGGCCUCGUGUCUCAGUUUAGCGGCGCGGAGUGAUCUCGAUGAAGAUGAAGAGGAGGAAAACCGGUCCCUCUCUCACCAUCAAUUUGCUUCACGCAGCGCCAGUCUCCACCGCCCCAUGGCAAAGCGCGAUCGGUAUGCAGAGGCGUCCACCACCACCCAGGACGAUAUAGCCACGGCACUAGCGGUGAAUCGCAGUUCCACGAAUUCCUCCGCUACUGGUAGUGUUGCUGCCGCUACCUCCUCCGCAUCUUCUCGCAGUCUCGUCUCACUCUCCUCAAAAUCCCGUCAUGAAGAUCGAUCUUUGCGUUCCUCUCGACAAGGGUCGACUUCUUGCAGUUCCAGAAAUCUGCCGAGAGCUCCUGCCAGUGUUGCCUACCACCUGUUGCGAGAGCUGACAAUGACGGAACGGACGUACAAGAAGGAUUUGGAUGUCGUUUGUGAGGGUUUCCGUGAGGCAUUUACCGAAGAAUUGAAAGACUCCACCGCCGUGGAAUCCGUUUUCUCCAAAAUCUUUACCCUCCUCUACCCAAUACGGGCCCAAGCAAUUGAUUUUCUAAAUGAACUUGAAUCUCGCUUCACUGCUUGGUCCGUACGCCUUGAUGGCACCUCACGAGGCUCGCAUCGUCAUUCCUCUACUGCUUCGGCCGGCGCCUCUGCCUCAGGCUCUGCAUCCUCCGCCUCUGCCUCCGCCACCAGCGCCGGUGUCGAUGCGGACUCACCAACAACGCCGGUUCGUAUUGGUGAUCUUUUCGUCACGAAUCUGAAAAUGCUGCAGCUCUACCGAUCAUAUUUGCGUGAAACUGAAUGCCUAAUCAUCGAUUUGGAACGUCUGGUUCGAAGUCGUGCCUCAUUCCAAUCAAAAAUGCAAUCCUUCGAGGCUCAAAAGUCCUGCUACCUACCCUUCUAUGCCUUUCUGCUGAAACCGAUGCAUCGUCUGCUCCAGUACAGAUCUGUGCUGGAGCGUCUGAUGCGACAUUACAAUGAGUCGAAUCCGGAUAUGCAAGACUGCAGAGUCGCUCAUGCACGCCUUCUGGACACCAUACAAUCCCAGUGGGACAGUUAUAAGCGCUGCGAGAACCUCUACAAGUCUCUCGAGGUGGAACGUGAUCUCGUGGGUGUGCAGACGACAAGUGAGACGACGACUGCGACGAGUUCGGGCUCAGGAAGGGAAAAGGCAACUGGUUGGCUUGCUUCUCGUUCACGUCAAUUUAUUCGUGAGGGCCUCCUCCAAAAACUCUCCAAGAAGGGCUAUCAACAGCGCAUGUUCUUCCUCUUCUCUGAUCAACUCAUCUACGCCAGUCGAACUAAUGCGCCAUUUCUGCAAUUUAAAGAUACUCAAGAACUGAGGAAGACUAAUUCGUACGUUCCUGAGCGUGGAACCAUUGUGCUCUGA